ACCAGGCUUGGAGAAGCGGGGACCCUGUCCGGAGGGCUGGUGUCCAGGAGCCGACUGAGACCCUAGGACGUGCUCAGGCCGCAGCGAGAGCGCGUGCACCCCCACGACCACCCUUCAACUUCGCCCCCAGGCCCCGCGGCCGAGGCGCCCGGGAGGCUGGAGGGGCGUGGCUUUCUGGUGGGGGCGUGGCUACCGCGCUGGCUCCGCAAGCUUGCGGCGACUGAGGCGGAGCGGGCAGGACGCCUGGGACGGCGGAGGCUCGAGCGCGCCAGGUCAGCCUCAGCUGUCAGCAGGCUGUUGGGGAGACUCAGUUCCCUGAGUGACAUCUGAGGAGCAACCGCAGAGAGAGGAUGGCCCAGGUCCUGCAUGUGCCCGCCCCAUUCCCAGGAACCCCUGGCCAGGCCUCCCCAGCGGCCUUCCCCAGCAAGGAGCCAGACCCACCAUACUCAGUGGAGACACCUUAUGGCUACCGCCUGGACCUGGACUUUCUUAAGUACGUGGAUGACAUUGAAAAGGGCCACACACUGCGCAGGGUGGCGGUACAGCGCCGGCCGCGCCUGGGUUCCCUGCCACGGGGCCCGGGCUCCUGGUGGACGUCCACAGAGUCUCUGUGCUCUGACGCCAGUGGGGACAGCCGGCACUCGGCCUACUCCUACUGUGGCCGCGGCUUCUACCCACAGUACGGAGCCUUGGAGACCCGCAUCGGCUCCAACCCACGUGUGGAGCGCACGCUGCUGGAUGCGCGGCGCCGGCUGGAGGACCAGGCGGCUGCCCCAUCGUCCGGUGGCCUGGGCUCCCUGACACCCAGCGCCGCGGGCUCCACCAGCUCCCUGGCAGGCGUGGGUCUGCUGCCCCCCACGCCUCGCAGCUCUGGCCUGUCCACCCCGGUGGCACCCAGCGCUGGUCACCUAGCCCACGUGCGCGAGCAGAUGGCUGGAGCCCUGCGCAAGCUGCGCCAGCUGGAGGAGCAGGUCAAGCUGAUCCCCGUGCUCCAGGUCAAGCUGUCGGUGCUCCAGGAGGAAAAGAGACAGCUCACCGUGCAGCUCAAGAGCCAGAAGUUUCUAGGUCACCCCUCAGGGACACGGAGCCGGAGUGAGCUCUGCCUGGACCUUCCCGAGGCCCCCGACGACCCUGCUGCACUAGAGACCCGCUCGGUGGGCACCUGGGUUCGAGAACGGGACUUGGGCAUUCCAGAUGGUGAAGCUGCCCUGGUAGCUAAAGUGGCCGUGUUGGAGACCCAGCUCAAAAAAGCUCUGCAGGAGCUGCGGGCGGCUCAGACCCAGCAGGUCGACCUCCAGCCUCAGGCCUGGCCACCACCAGACACCCAGGUCCGCGUGGACACCGUCCGAGUAGUGGAGGGACCCCGGGAAGUGGAGGUGGCAGCCAGCACGGCAGCCGGGGCCCUUGCACAGCGAGCUCAGAGUCUGGAACCCUACGGAACAGGGCUGAAGGCCUUGACCACAUCUGGGGGACCAGAGAACACCCUCGUGUUCCGCAGUCAUGAAGUGGUGGAGACCAUGUGCCCACUGCCCACAGCUACCACGGGCAAUGUGCACACAGCCAAGAAGAUCAGCAUUACGGAACGGAGUUGUACUGGUGCACCCAGGAUGACAGAGCCUUCCUCCAUUAAUCCAUGCCCUGCUACAGCCUCUGUGGUACAGCCUGAGAACCCUGCCCCGGCUGCCCAGGACACCACUGACAAGAAGCCCACCAGGCCAGCAGCAGCAUCGCAGGACUCACAAGUGGCUGACGGAGCAGGCAGAGCCUCUUUGGGGGUCCAGUUGGCCACGAAGAGGAAAGAGGACCCCACAGACCCUGAAAUCCACCAGAGGAACCCCCAGUUUGUGGGAGUCAAUGGCGGGUAUGAGUCCCCCUCGGAGGACUCCAGCACAGCAGAAAACUCCGAACACGAGAGCACAGAGAACGAGGGCCCGGAGCCACCGGCAAGGGUUCUGAGCCCAGCUGAAUGUCCUCAGCUCAGGCCUCCAGGGGCUGCAGUGGCCACGACCAGUCUGGAGGGGCCCCAGCUCUCCCAGGAAUCCCAGCGCGUGCCUGCACCUGAGGUGGCGUCAGGACCCGAUCCUGAGGAGGAAAUUCGGAUGGACCUGAGCCCUGACCUCAUAUCAGCCUGCUUGGCCCUGGAGAAAUACCUGGAGAACCCCAAUGCCCUCACAGAGCGAGAACUGAAAGUCGCCUAUACCACAGUGCUUCAGGAGUGGCUGCGCCUGGCCUGCCGCAGUGACGCACAUCCUGAGCUUGUGCGGCGACAUCUAGUCACCUUCAGGGCCAUGUCUGCCCGGCUGCUGGACUACGUGGUCAACAUCGCCGACAGCAAUGGUAACACUGCCCUGCACUACUCCGUGUCACACGCCAACUUCCCUGUGGUGCGGCAGUUGCUGGACAGCGGGGUCUGUCAUGUGGACAAGCUGAACCGUGCCGGCUACAGCCCUAUUAUGCUCACUGCCCUGGCCACGUUGAAGACCCAGGAUGACAUUGAGACCAUCCUUCAGCUCUUCCGGCUUGGGAAUGUCAAUGCCAAAGCCAGCCAGGCAGGACAGACGGCCCUGAUGCUGGCUGUCAGCCAUGGGCGGGUGGACGUGGUGAGAGCGUUACUGGCCUGUGAGGUGGACGUCAACAUUCAGGAUGAGGACGGCUCCACGGCCCUGAUGUGUGCAUGUGAGCAUGGACACAAGGAGAUCACCGGGCUCCUGCUGGCUGUGCCUAGCUGUGACAUCUCACUCACUGACCGCGAUGGGAGCACGGCACUGAUGGUGGCCCUGGACGCUGGGCAGAGUGAGAUCGCAUCUAUGCUGUACUCACGAAUGAACAUCAAGUGCUCGUUCGCUCCCAUGUCAGACUACGAGAGUCCGGCUUCCUCUUCAGCCGAGGAGUGAAUACAGAGAGGAGCCAGUGAGUCCCCCAGGACCCACCAGCCACAAGCCACGCAUCAAACCGUCCCUCCUCCAUCCCUCUGUCCCAUUCUGCCUCGGCAUUCCUCAGCCCCUGCACUUCCCUGAGGGAACCCUGACAUCUACCAGGCUCAAGCUCCUGGAAGCCUUUCCCAGCGCCCUGGGUUCAAAGCCAGAAAGCCAAGCUACGUUCUCCUCCCAGUUGGCACCAGUUGACAACGCCUUGGGUGUGGGUUUCUUGCAAAGAACAUAGAGAACAAUCAGCCGGCAAUUAUGGGAGGAGGGGGGGGGCAAGAAGAGAAAAUACUGUAUUCUUGAGUCAUUGUUAGGGGAUGGGAGGGGUCAGAAUUCAGUUGCUAAAUUUGAAUGUCACUGGAAUGUUA